UGGUGGGACCCACGGACGUCAAUCCGCCGGAGCGUGUAGGAGUGGAAGAAACAUAAAGAGAGGGAGGGAGGCUUGAGAGAGAAGAGCUCGAAGGCAAGACGCACAGAGUCGAUGUGUAAGAAGCGAGAAGCCAUGGCUUUUCUCUUGUGAUCUUAGCAUUUUCCCUGUCUUUUAGAAAGACAGAGAGAGAGAGCGCGCACAGCAGUUUGCUGGGGGAUCUUGAAUCUGAUGAGAUGAGUGACUCAGGCGUUACAGACUCUUCAUACAAGAAUGGCGAACGCCUCCCCGAGAAUUUUAAGCAAGCGGAGGAGAUAGAUGAAUUGGAAAAUUCGCCGAUUGAGCAAGUCCGGCUGACGGUGCCGGCUACCGAUGAUCCGACGCUGCCAGUCCUCACGUUCCGGACAUGGACCCUGGGCCUGUUCUCAUGCGCCCUGCUGGCCUUCUUGAACCAGUUCUUCGGCUACAGGCAGAACCAACUAAGCGUGUCCUCCAUCUCCGCCCAGAUCAUUGCGCUGCCCCUGGGGAAGCUCAUGGCGGCUACACUUCCGGUCAAGGUGGUCCGAAUUCCGGGAACCAAGUGGGAGUUUUCAUUGAAUCCGGGGCCCUUCAAUAUCAAGGAACAUGUACUGAUCACGAUUUUUGCAAACUCUGGCUCCAACUCCGUGUAUGCUGUCAACAUCAUCACCAUAGUUAAGGCCUUCUACCAUAGGCAGCUCCACCCCAUGGCUGCAUUCUUGCUGUCACAGACAACCCAGAUGAUGGGAUAUGGAUGGGCGGGUCUGUUCCGGAAGUAUCUCGUGGACUCCCCCUACAUGUGGUGGCCUUCCAACCUCGUCCAGGUCUCUCUGUUCAGAGCGUUGCAUGAGAAGGAGGUGCGGCGAAAGCGUGGCACCACGAGGCUGCAGUUCUUCCUCAUGGUGUUUGUCGCCAGCUACUGCUACUACAUCGUCCCCAACUAUCUGUUCCCUUCAAUCACCGCCCUCUCCUUUGUGUGCUGGAUCUGGAAGGAUUCCGUCACCGCCCAGCAGAUCGGUUCCGGCCUCUCCGGCCUCGGCCUCGGCUCCAUCGGCCUCGACUGGUCGACGGUUGCCGGGUUUCUGGGCAGCCCGCUCGCCACUCCCGGCUUCGCCGUCCUCAAUGUAAUGGCCGGUUUCUUCUUGGUGGUCUAUGUCAUGCUCCCCAUCACCUACUGGACCAACUCUUAUAAUGCCAAGCGCUUCCCCAUCUUCUCCUCCCACGUCUUCGAUCAGUGGGGCAAGCCCUACAACAUCUCCCGGAUACUUAAUCAAAAGACGUUUGAAUUCGACCCCGUCGGCUAUAGUGGCUAUAGUCAGGUCCAUCUGAGCAUCUUCUUCGCCUUCACUUACGGCAUCAGCUUCGCCACUCUUGCGGCUACCAUCUCCCAUGUUGCUCUCUUCCAUGGAAAAUCGAUCUACCGGCAAACCAAACAGGCAUUCAGUGAUCGUGUUGGCGACGUCCACACCAGGCUGAUGAAGAAGAACUAUGUGGCGGUGCCCGAAUGGUGGUUCAGCAUCAUCCUGAUUUUCGUGGUUGGCCUUGCCUUCCUUGCUUGCUUGGGGUUCGGGGGCCAGCUUCAGCUGCCGUGGUGGGGCAUCCUUCUUGCUUGUGCCAUUGCCUUCUUCUUCACGCUCCCUAUUGGCAUCAUCCAAGCUACCACUAAUCAGCAACCUGGGUUGAACGUGAUCACAGAGCUGAUCAUUGGUUACUUGUACCCAGGCAGGCCUCUUGCAAAUGUGGCCUUCAAAACCUAUGGCUACAUCAGCAUGUCCCAGGCCCUCAUGUUCCUCUCAGAUUUCAAGCUUGGCCACUACAUGAAGAUCCCUCCAAGAUCUAUGUUCGUUGUUCAGCUUGUUGGCACACUGGUUUCAUCGUCCGUCUACUUUGGCACGGCAUGGUGGCUGCUCACAACAGUUCCCAACAUCUGCAACACAGCACUCCUCGACCCCUCCAGCCCAUGGACUUGCCCGGGCGACGAUGUGUUCUACAAUGCCUCUAUCAUCUGGGGUGUGGUCGGCCCACUUCGCAUGUUUGGCAGGCUGGGAGUCUAUGCCGGGCAGAACUGGUGGUUCCUAGUGGGUCUACUCGCACCUGUCCCUGUCUGGGUGUGCUCACGCCUGUUUCCAAAGGCAAAGUGGAUCAGCCUCAUCAACAUGCCCAUCUUGAUUGGUGCAACUGGGAUGAUGCCACCGGCGAGAGCAGUCAACUACCUGGCCUGGGGAGCAGUUGGUAUAGCAUUUAACUUCGUGGUGUAUAGGAAGUACAAGCAGUGGUGGGCACGGCACAAUUAUGUUCUGUCCGCCGGGCUCGACGCAGGUGUUGCCUUCUCCGCCGUUCUCACCUACUUUGCGCUGCAGUAUAGAUCCAUCUUUGGGAUACAGUGGUGGGGUACAGAGUUGGAUGACCACUGCGCUCUAGCACGUUGCCCCACUGAGCCUGGAAUAGUGACAAAAGGGUGUCCUGUCUUCUGAGCUUACGUUAUUGGUCCUAUAAAGUAGUUUGAUUUGCUUACGGCCUUUAGUAUAGGAGUUUGCUGAUUCUACAACGGUUAGUCAUGUGUAUGAAGGAUGAUUCUUGGUGAUGUCUGCAAAAUAUAGAAAGAUUCGUUAUUGUGGC